AUGAAGGAGAAGACUAAUCUUCUCCUGGCCGUCAGCCAUGUCGCCGCGCUACGCCAACAAGAAACCAAACGCCAGCGAGAAGAGCAACAAGAGCGGGAGCAAAACCAGCAAGAACUAGUCGUACACGCAGAACAAGAAGGAAAAGAGGAGGAAAAGGAAAAUACAAAGUUUCAAGAAUUGAAAGCCACAUCAGCCAGAGGAAGGGUCGAAGCCUGGAAACGCAUCCACGAUGCAAAAGCCCGCCGCAACUACUUUUCAAGAGCGCAGGUUGACGAGGAAGUCAUGCGGAUGGUGGAACAGGUGGAUCGCGACUUGGGGCUGGCGAAGUGCCGGAUGGAGGAUGGCACGGAGGAGCCGCAUGAGGAGUGGAGGGCGAGGAUGCUUGUGCUGCGAGAGGCGAUUUAUCGGCUGUGGAACGAGAAUGAGGAGAGGAUUCGGGGGGCGCUGCCGCGGUAUGUGGAGGGCGUUGCGGUGAGGGAUGGGAUUGAGCCGCCAAAGUUUUUGGGGGAGAGGAGGACGAGGAUUUCGGGGCUGGGGGCGUGUUUUCAGUGUUUGAUGGAGGGGAUGGCGUGUUCGAGGGGGGUGGUUACGGGGAGGGGGGAGGGGGCGGAGAAGAAGGGGUGUGAGAGGUGUGAGAGGAAGGGGUAUAAGUGUAUUGUUGAGUAUGGGGUGGAUAGCGAUGAUGAAGAGGAGGGGAAAGGGGGUAACAAGAGGGAGAAGAAGGAGAAGAUGUAUGAAUGGGGCUGGGUGGAUGAAGCGUCUGAUAGGGAGCCGGUGGAAGAGACGUUGGAGAUGUGGAAGCGCAGGAAGAGGGGGGAUAGGCUGGAGGUGAUUGGGAGUGGUUUGCAAUGGGUUGAGGCGGGAGGCUUUGCGCUGCCGAGUUGUGAGAAGGUGAGAAAGCCUGUUGAGGGUUGA